CUCUUUAGUCUUUACUUCUCUCAACUCCCUAACUUACCUUCCUUCUUCAAACCCAUAUAGAAAAAACCAAACAUGUUCUAUGGAUAUCAACACUACACAUGAAAACCAUACAACAAACAAGUAUAAUCUUAACAACAAAAUCAUGAUAACCUCUAUACUUUGCCUAUCAUUUGUCAUCCUCCUUGUCUUUCUCCUACACAUUUAUGCAAGAUGCAUGCUUAGGCCCCCUCGUGUCAACCGUGCCUGGCACUCGACCCCACAACCUGACUCCAUACCCAUGAAACUUGGCCUUGAUCCAACAAUCAUAAACCUAUUACCAUCAUUUCUCUUCAAAGAAAUGGAUGGUCAUGAUCAAGUUGAAUGUGCUAUCUGUUUAGCCUUAUUGGAGGAAGAUGAAUUAGUUAGAUGUUUACCAAAUUGCAACCACUUUUUUCACUUAGAUUGUGUUGAUAAGUGGCUUAGUGGGCAAUCAACAUGCCCUAUUUGUCGGUCAGAUGCUGCGCCCAGGCUAUCCUUGCUUGAUCGAGAGGCGCCGGUGCACAGUGAACUGACCGAAGUUGUGAUUGUUAAUUCACAAGGAUGUGAAUAUGAUCAUAAUAACUUGAUCAAGAAUAAUAAUAAUGGAAGUGGAUCAUCAUCUUCGUCAAGUUUUAGAUUAAGUUCUUUUAGGAAGAUUAUUAUUGGAAGAGAUAGAUCACCAUCUUCUAGUAGAAUACAAGUUUGUGGGGAAGUUGAUUUUCAGAUGCAGGGUCAGGCAUCAUAAUCUCUAGCAAUUGUAGUCCCAUAUAGAUAGUUAUAUUAUCGUUAUAAUUUUGUAUAUACUAUAUAGUCUUUUGAAGAUUUUCUUCUUUCUUUAAAUUUAUAAUUUUUCAAUUUUGAAUUAUAACAGGAAUAAUAUAUUAAAAUGAGUCAUUAAAUUAUAUGUCUUUUUUUUGCAAAAUUGCGGAUGAUAUUUGUUGUUAAAAGUCAAUCCGAAACAAACUUUUGUUAUUGAAGGAUAAUGUUGUGUACAUCCGCCCCUAAAUCCACUGUAAUACUAAAGUUGGAUAGCAAAUUAGAAAAGAAAUUAAAAAAAAUUAAGUAAAAGGAAAGGAAGGGAUGAGAUAAGAAGGGAGAGUACAUCAUGUUUGUUUAGAAGGGAAGGAAAGAGAAAAGAAAGAAAAUAUAUUUUCCCUUUAAAUCUUUUGACUUUAGAAAUAUUCAAUAAAAAACUAAGUAAAUACAAGAGAUAUUGUUUCACCAACAUAAUAUAGAUAUAUUCUCAACACAAA